CUAAGAAAAACACAAGUUUCUUUCUGUUUGGAACUACGUAUUUCUUAUUUGCAAUCGUUUUCAGUCUAUCAAUAUCUUACUAGCGGUUGUAAAUCAUUAUUAAACUAACUGGGCCGGUAGUGAACAGAACAGCGAAAAUGAGUUUCUUUGGAAAGUUGUUCUCGGGGAAAAAGGGGGAACCAGCCCCAACGCCGAGUGAAGCGAUACAAAAGCUGCGAGACAUAGAAAAUAUGUUGACGAAAAAGCAAGAGUUUCUAGAAAAGAAAAUCGAAGUCGAGAUUGAUACAGCCAGGAAAAAUGGUACCAAAAACAAAAGGGCGGCCAUCCAGGCGCUGAAAAGGAAGAAGCGGUACGAAAAGCAGCUACAACAGAUAGAUGGAACACUUUCUACAAUUGAAAUGCAACGAGAGGCGUUGGAGAAUGCAAACACAAAUGCGGAAGUACUGAAGACUAUGAAGAAGGCUUCCGAUGCGCUCAAGGUUACCCAUAAGGACAUGAAUAUCGAUGAUGUCCAUGAUCUAAUGGAUGAUAUAGCCGAGCAGAACGACAUUGCGAAUGAAAUUUCCAAUGCUGUAUCCAGCGCUGUUGGUUUUGGCCAAGACAUAGACGAGGACGAGCUGGAGAAGGAGCUGGAGGAACUAGAACAAGAAGAGCUCGAUAAAGAGCUACUUGGUGUACAACCAGAGACAGACGAAUUGCCGGAAGUUCCCUCUACUGAUUUGCCCGCGAAAGCUAAGGAGAAGGAAAAGGAGAAAAAGAAAGCCGUUGCAGAGGAAGACGAUCCGGAUAUGAAGGAGUUAAUGUCAUGGGCGAACUGAAUCAGGCUGGAUCUGAAGUACUCCAAUACGCGAAUACGCUGCUGAACGAAAUAAUUACCUUGAUAUCUUCUUUCGUUAGUGAUUACUUUUUUGUUAACUAAUCCACUUGCUUAGUUUUUUCAACGUGUAUCAUUACGGAAUAGAAUGAAAGCAUGAUUUGUCUUCAAAAGAUUGGGAAUGUUUCUUAGAAUCAUUUCUUAGCAGCAACCCAGUUUUACUUUUAUGAUUCGUUUCCUUCAAUGCGCGGUCUGUACAUUUAACUUGUUCUUAUGUACACGAUUCAUACACAUAAUGUAAUCGUUGGAAUGUAAUCAUAUUGAAGAUGAUUGUGAUGAUGCCUAGAAUUAAUGGCUACCGGAAUGCUCUUGAGAAAAACGAAUGAACUAAUUCGACGUUAAAAUAUAUCUUACGACGAAUAAAUAAUGAGUUCAAAAAUAAAAUUAA